GUGGUUAACAACAAACCAUCAAAUGGAUCAGCAUCUCGUGAUUGUGAGGCUGCAAUCAACUUUACAUAAUAUGUUGGUGAUUCUUUUGUGUUUAUUCCCAAUUCCUGACCAGCCAAUAAUAUUUCUCGUGGGAAAAUCUCCCAACUCUCUUAACUUUACUUGGAAUGUUUCAAACACCACAGAUGCUAUCACUUAUACAGUUGAAUGGGAGAAAACAGGCUGUUUAGCUGAAAAUCGAGAGAACAAUGGCUCCAUUACCACCAAUUAUACAAAUUACAGUAUAACAGGACUAGAGGAGGGCAGUAGGUACAACAUUACUGUAACUGCAGAGGGACUGACUAACACUGUAUAUGCUGUGACAACAUUGAAAGCUCCAAAUGUGACCAAGAUUUUUGCGACUUCCUACUUCAUCACUACAAUUGGGAGUUCUUGGUGCAUGUGAACAUAUAAAAGAGAUAUAUUACUGGCUCUCAGUGAGUAUGGAGAGAUGGGGCCCAACAUGACAGACAUGAGCGUACUGAAUAUUGCUGGGCCAGUGUAACUGAGGUUACCAUCUCUAACCCAACCCUAUCUACUAACUACUCAUUCAAGUUGCAGCAGUCACAGUGCUGUGUACUGAGUGUUCAGUAGUGCCACUCUUAUAAAGACU